AUGAGUUUGUUUACUUGUUUGAAAAGAUAAAAAAUGGAGAAUUAAAUUAUUUUUGGGAUAAUAGUAAUCAUGCUGAUUUCAACUAUAUUUAUUGGGAUUGCUUUCCUUAUUUAGAAUAUUGUACUUUUUAAAAUGAUUGAAGCUUCAUCAUCUACUAUUUUUAUUAGACAAGAGAAUAAUUCAAUUUAAAACCUUGGCUAAUCAAUCAAACAAUAUUUUAUAAGAAAACAUGAAUAGUGUAAUAAAUAGUUUUAUUAUUAGACAUCCAUAGAUUAAAUAACAUAAAUAAAUUAUUUCAAUAUUAUUCAGAUGUUCAACUCAAACUGAAGAAAACUGAUUUAUUGGAGUAUUGUCUUUUUAAGGAUGACAUUAAUGAAAAUUAAAUUCGUUAUUCUGCAGCCUAAUUUUGUUAUUAAGCAGGUGGAGUUAGCGACCAUUUUACAUUACCUAAAAAUGAUAAAACCAUAGAGAUAUUUAAUUAAACUACAUAAAUUUUGAAUUAAUUCACUAUCAGUUUUCCAGUAACUUUAGAAUCUAUAUUAUCAUAUGCAGAUCUAUCAGAUACACAGUUUUAUGCUGCUUAUCCUCUUGCCUAUUCAGUAAAAGGAUACGAACCAAAAAAAAGAUUAUGGUACACUAAUCACAUAUAAUAAAUGAAGUUAAAUCCUUAGAGUGAUUUUUUCUAUUCUCCUGCAUUUUUGGUUGUCCAUCUUUAGACUUAUGCAAUAUCAUUAACUCAUACUCUAUUUAAUUCUAAACAGGAGAAAAUAGGGAUGGCAUAAUAAAUGAUUUAAUUAGUGGAUUCAGCAAUAUAAGAUCUUCCUUAUAAUGCUUUAUUAAUAAACAAAGAAGGUUAAUUAGUAUUGAAUGCAGCAGAUUUUUAUUAUGAUUCUAGAAAUAUUAAUUACAUUUAUAAUUAAACAUUAACAGGUUUUAAUGAAAGUGAUUGGGAAUUUAUGAAAUAACUUUCAAAAGAUAAGAGUAAUUUAAAAUAUUGUGAUGAAUAUGAAAAUGUUUACUGUUUAUAUGAUAAAUUGUAUAACUCUACAAUUAUUUUAUAUACAAGUCAAUUGAAAAAUGAAAAUUUUACUAUUUUAUUGUAAUAUUAUUUUUGAUGAUAAUCUAGAUAUACAAAUUUUACAUUGUAACAAUAAGUGAAUGAACAAAUGGAAUUACUAUAAAAAGGGUUAGUAGAAGUUGUUAAAAGAAUUUGUUUUGAACAUAUAGGAUCUAUCAUAAUAAUAACAGUAGUUUCGAUGUUGGCAGUUAGAAUGUUGUUUUUACCUUUAAAAUAUUUAAUGAAUAGUAUAAAAAACCAUAUUUUAUAAAUUGGAAACAAUUUAAACAGAGAAAUGUUUAAGAUACUACAUAAUGCUAAAAGGAGAAGAGGGAAUACAUUUUCUAAAUUAACAUUUGAAAUAUUAAAAUUUUAAGAUAUAUUGAACACUAGAAAGUCUCAAAGAAAUCCAAUAUGUAAUUAAAUAGAAAAUUUUUAAUAUAAAUUUAAACAUGAAGAAGAAAGAAAAAUCAAUUUAUUUUUAGAUGAAAUUUACUUUUCAAGAACAGAUUGGUAAAAUGAUUUAAAUGAAAGGAAAUUAUAUCUCUUGUGCAAAUAAUUAAUUCAUGAUUAAUAUAAUUAUCAAAAUCAUUAUUAAUGA